CUCGCCCAACAGAGUGGGCACUCUCGAGCUAUUCAGUUAACACCCUAGCUUACAUUCAUAUUCACUGUCAACAAGACUGCACCCCCUUAUUCCUCCUCGGACUUAGAAAAGCAAACCUCCUCAAAGCUCUCGGUCCCGUGAUCUCAUCCAACUCCAAGCCCAGAGAAAGAAAACCUUCCAAGGACGCCACAGCAAACUCCAAAUGCCCAAGUCGCCAGUCCCCUCAAACCUUCAUGAAAGCUGAUUGACCAAUAUGCAUCCUCCAAUCGCCGACUUUCUGGCGAGCACUGACAGCGAGGAGGUCACUGACGCCGAGGAGGAGGCCUUUCUGCUGUUCAGCCAGGAGAUCCCCACAACCAACCUGGGGUUCGUCGACUCACGCGCUUCGUCCCUUGACGUGACGAUCCGUGGCAACGAGUACAUUAUCCAUCAAUCCCCCACUAUACUUUCUUCUUCUCGAGCUGGAGGCACGACUGGCGCCGUCCUCUGGAAAAUCACUCCUCAUUUUGCGGAAUGGAUCUCUUCCCCAACAAAUCCCCUCUGGACGCAUUCCCUUCUCUCGUCUGACUCGGUGGUGGCUGAACUGGGCUGUGGCAUUUCGGCGCUGGUUGCCUUGGCCUUGGCUCCCUCAGUCCAACAUUAUCUCGCCACCGACCAAGAAUACGUGCGGCGCGUGUUCAGGACUAACCUCGACGCCAACGCCUCCGUCACUCCAGCUGCAUCCGCAUCUGGGAAGCAGAAAGGCAGCAAAACAAGAGGCAGCAGCAGUAGGUCGACGUCCAAGAGUAAGCAGUCCGCCCAGGCCGCAACAAGCAAUAUUACCUUUACCACGCUGGACUGGGAGCUUGAUCAGCCAGGGCUGCUGAAGGGCUGUAUCGAGUCCGAGUCUGGCGGACAGACUGGAUUUGAUCAAGGCAAGGAAGAAGACAGAGGCUUCGACCUCCUUCUUUCUUGCGAUUGUAUCUACAACGAAGCUUUGGUUGCCCCGUUCGUGCGCACCUCUGCCGAGAUAUGCCGUCUGCGGCCAGCGUACGAGUCCUCCGUGGAGCAGACGUCACCGUCUCGUCUCCAGCCCACGAUUUGCAUCGUUGCGCAGCAGCAGCGAGCGCCGGAGGUGUUCGAGACGUGGCUACGGGAGACCCUACGAGAAUUCCGUGUCUGGCGACUCAGUGAUAAAGUGCUUGGGGCUGGACUGAAGGGAGGUAGCGGGUACCUGGUGCAUCUACUUCUGGCGAGGUAGAAGAGUUAAUUUACCCAGUAACGGAACAUGAUAGAUAAUCAAAAGAAAGACAAGCUAUAGAUAUAGAAAUGUACACCAAUUGAACAUCG